CUGCAAACUCCUUCUCUUUCUCCAAUUCCAAUUCCAAUUCCAAUACCAUUACCAUCCACUAGCCCUAAGCUCCACACCCCACUGCGGCUUCAUCCUUUGCCGCAUUGCUACCUUGCGAUUGUUUUCUUUCUCUAGUGAUACCCAGAUACCCUAAUUGAGGAAUCCCCUCUUCGCAAACAGUCAUGUCUUCUUCUAAAGCUGUGAACGUCCCUACGGACGUCAAGCAAAAGGAGAUUGAUGUCAACAACAAGCUCCAGCUUUAUGGCAUUUGGCAAGCCUUCGCAAACGGCAAGGUUCCCUCCAACCAACAAAUCGACAUUGCUCUCAACAGCGCCCUUGCUUCCAAGCCGUUGUCAUCGCCAUCCAAGAAACUUAGCGCAGAAGGCCAAUCCCUCGUUACCGACCUUCGCAAUGUCAUUGAGCAGGCCAAGCUCCUACUCCUUACCAAGAACGAUGGAAACCUGCUCCAGGACUUCAUCUGGCAAACCGAGCAGAUCACGGGCGCGGGUGCUCAAGUCCCGGGCGCACCAGUCGACAAGGAUACCGCACGUCAACAUGGCAACGAGGCCCUCGAGGGUCUUCGCACUUUGGGAACGCUCGUUAUCAGCAACGGCCAAUUCAGAAAGCUUCUCUCGGAUGCCUCCAUUCUCCUUCGUGAUAUUGCAGGUGACGCAGCUACCAACACGGCCAACAAGGUCAGGCCCAACGAGGAGCAGUUGAGCCAGAUUGAUCGUCCCGCCGAGGACAACACCUGGCACGAAGCCCCAGACCUAUCCAAGGGAAACCUUCAGAACCAGCUCAAGCAGAGUAUUCCCUUCGGCAAGGGAGACGCUAAGCAGGCCGCGGGCGACAUCAACCAGGCUGCUCAUCCCACUGGCUCUCGGGACCCUGCCGACACCGCUGACCUUCUAGCACGCGAGCAACAGCAGGGAACUCAGCAAGGUCUCAAUGCUCAGGCUGCGGCUGUACAGGCUAAGGAGAGUAUCUCUCAGAACAUUCCCGAGGAGGACAAGGAUCGCGCCCGCCGCCAGCGUGAGCGAGCUCAGAACUACUUCAAGGGAAAGGUUCCCCAGGAGCGCCGCGAACAAACCAUUUGGCGCUUGAAGAAGAUGAUUGUCGAGAUCCAGGGACACCAGGACUACCAGCGUGCCAUCGAGACCCUUCUUCGUUUGGCUGAGCAGUACGCCGGCCAUGGCAGGGACCUUAGCGUUCAAGGCAAGGGAACUGUUCAAGGUGCGCACAGCGACGAUGCUUUGCAACUUGCAGAGGCUGACCUGAAGACUCUCUUGGAGCGUUUUGCCAACAGCACCUCAUUCGAUGACCUCAUCGAUUCCAUUAAUCAGAUCUACAGGGAUGCUGACCGUGAUCCCGAACUGAAGAACUGGUUCAAGCGCCUCAAUGUGUACAUUCACAAGCUCUUGCAGCAACAGGGCUACAUUCUUGAGGAUGCUUCCAACGAGGAAUGGAAUGUCAUCUAUGAUCAGGGUCGCGAGCUCCUCCGUCAUCGCUACCGUGGACACACCGACCGCAUUGCGGAUGAGUUCAAGUUCCUUGGGCAGCAAUUUGAUGCCGACCCCCAGAACCAAGCUUUCGCCAACUCUGUCACCAAGCUCUUCAACGACCUCGUCCAGGAUGAGAAUGGCAAGCCUGUGUUCAAGCGUCAUUUGGUCAAGGAUCUUACCGAGGUCAUCCUUCCUGGAUUCUUCGAGAGCGUCCGAUACGUUCCCAUUCCCCGUAUCGAGUACAGUGACCCCAUGGUCGACGCUGUGGUCGAGAACCUUGUUAUUGAGGGUGACAAUCUUGCACCCAAUGUCAUGGAGUUUGGCUCUGAUAACUUCUGGCGUUGGGGACGCAAGAAGAUCUCCAACAAGAACAAGAACAAGGUCAUGCUCUCCGUCUCCGGGGUUCAAAUGGACCUUCGCGAUGUCUCUUACUACGUGAAACGCAAGCAGGGCUUCCCUUCCAUUACCGACAAGGGUGUCAUGGACGUCUUCAUGGGUGGCAGCGGAUUCAGCUUCAAGGUUGAAAUGGAGACUGCCGACAAGGACGACAAGAUCCACUACUUCAAGAUCAACAAGGUCACCUCUGACAUCCAGAACUUGCAGAUCAAAUUGAAGAAGAGCAACCACAAGCUCCUUUUCAGCUUGUUCAAGCCACUUCUCCUCAAGGUCAUGCGUCCCGUCAUUCAGCGUGUCCUAGAGCAGCAGAUCAAGAACAACGUCAACCAGCUUGACGCCAUUCUCUACGAUAUCAAGACCGAGGCGGAGAAGGCCGAGGCUGAGGCCAAGCGCAAUCCCGAUCUAGAGAACCUCCAGAACAUCUACCAGCGCUAUGCUACUGCUGCCAACCAACGCGUCAUGCAGGGCAAGCAGAAGAAGGACAAGCUCGAGCAGCGCGCCAAGAACACCAAGGUCAACGUGGCUGUCACGAAGGAGGACUCUAUCUUCCAGAACAUUUCUCUGCCAGGUGGUAUCAGCACCAAGGCCACCGAGUACAAGCAGCUCGCUGCCAAGGGUGACAAGUGGGAGAGCCCCGUCUUCUCCAUUGGAUCUGCCAAAGAGUCUACUAGUCUCCCCAAGAUUGCCACUGUUCAGCGCAAGCCCCACGGCCCAGCUGGCGGAUAUGGACGUCCUAACUUGGAUCAACCUCUCCAGGCUGGACAAGGUGGUUUCACUAAUGCCGGUGUCGCUGGUGUUGAUAGUUAUGGUCAGCCCGGUGCCGUUGGUUCUUCUGGUUAUGGCCAGCCUGGUGUCGCCGGUUCUUCUGGCUACGGCCAACCCGGUGCUACUGGAUCUGCUGGCUAUGGUCAGCCUGGUCUUCCUACUGGAAACGCCGCUGCUCAACCUCAGACAGGCUUCGCCGGCCAAGUUGACAACGCCUUCAACAACAACACUGCCGCCCCCAUUGCCGGUACCAAUGCUAACAACCAAUACAACACCACUCUUGGUGCCGAGAACCCUGUCUUCCAGGGCCGCGUCUAAGUCACUCGUUAGCUUCUUUUGGGGCUUUCCUGUGAAGAAUUCGUAAUGAACGAUUGAGCAUGGGUAAUGACUUUCUUAGUUUCUUUGAUUCUUGGAUGAUACCAUGAUUGCGCCGGGCGCAUAGCAUACGGGUAAAAUGUCUUGUGAUUUCGUUUAUCGGAAAAGUGAAUAGCCCGUAAUGCGGAGGAUAUGGGGCAGGAUAGGAUGCCAAUAGGGCAUUGCAUAGUAAUAAUAAAGUUCAUGUCCAUUCA